GCCGGGAGCCUCCCCGUGCCCCGUGGAGUCGGACUGCCUCUGGAGCGAGGCCCGGCGUCGCCUGCCCUCCUGCGUGUUCCGGAGCCGCUGUGCAGAAAUCGGAGGCAGAGCCUCCCGAGCCUCCAGUGGAGGCCGCAGACUAGGAAGGAAGCCUGGGCCAGGAGAGAAGGGUCGCCCUCUGACGGCUGUGGUGUUCAAGCCGAGCGCUUCAACCCUGUCUCCGCCCGGGCUGGAAAAAUAACGCGAAAGUGUGACCGGCACAUACGCGUUUGCGGCACACUUCCUCGCGGACUGGGCUGCUUUUGAGAUCGUCGUAAAGGGCGAAAAGGCUUCCAAGGUCAGGUCACGGUGCGCUUCCGCCGAAUCGCAGGGCAGGACUUUCAGCCCUGCCGAAGAAUCCCCGCUUCCGUGUCAGGUUUUCUGGUGGUCUGAACGAGCCAGGCCUCUUCUGAAGAGCUAAAAGCUGCGUACCGGAGGCUGUGUAUGCUUUACCAUCCAGACAAGCACAGAGAUCCAGAGCUCAAAUCACAAGCAGAACGACUAUUUAACCUUGUUCACCAGGCUUAUGAAGUGCUUAGUGACCCCCAAACCAGGGCCAUCUAUGAUAUAUAUGGGAAGAGAGGACUGGAAAUGGAAGGAUGGGAGGUCGUGGAGAGGAGGAGAACUCCAGCCGAGAUCAGAGAAGAGUUCGAGCGGCUGCAGAGAGAGCGGGAGGAGAGAAGGCUGCAGCAGCGAACCAACCCCAAGGGAACCAUCAGCGUGGGAGUAGAUGCCACUGACCUUUUUGACCGCUAUGACGAGGAGUACGAGGACGUAUCCGGAAGCGGCUUUCCGCAGAUUGAAAUUAAUAAAAUGCACAUCUCCCAGUCCAUCGAGGCCCCCUUGACAGCCACGGACACAGCCAUCCUCUCAGGAAGCCUCUCCACCCAGAAUGGCAAUGGAGGGGGCUCCAUUAACUUCGCCCUCCGCCGAGUGACCUCCGCCAAAGGAUGGGGCGAGUUGGAAUUCGGAGCUGGCGACCUCCAGGGGCCGUUGUUCGGUCUCAAGCUGUUCCGCAAUCUCACCCCUCGAUGCUUUGUGACGACAAACUGUGCUCUGCAGUUUUCGUCCCGUGGAAUCCGGCCUGGCCUCACCACCGUCCUGGCUCGGAACCUGGACAAGAAUACAGUGGGCUACCUGCAGUGGCGGUGGGGGAUCCAGUCAGCCAUGAACACGAGCAUCGUGCGUGACACCAAGACCAGCCACUUCACGGUGGCCCUGCAGCUGGGGAUCCCUCACUCCUUCGCACUGAUCAGCUACCAGCACAAGUUCCAGGAUGAUGACCAGACACGGGUGAAAGGCUCCCUUAAGGCAGGCUUCUUCGGGACAGUGGUGGAGUAUGGAGCCGAGCGGAAGAUCUCCAGGCACAGCAUCCUGGGCGCAGCCGUGAGCAUCGGUGUCCCGCAGGGCGUCUCUCUCAAGGUCAAGCUGAACAGGGCCAGCCAGACCUACUUCUUCCCCAUCCACCUGACCGACCAGCUGCUGCCCAGCGCCGUGUUCUAUGCCACCGUGGGGCCCCUGGUGGUCUACUUUGCCAUGCACCGCCUGGUCAUCAAGCCGUACCUCAGGGCACAGAAGGACAAGGAAUUGGAAAAGCAGAGGGAAAACACUGCCAGUGACAUCCUGCAGAAGAAGCAGGAGGCAGAGGCUGCUGUCCGUCUGAUGCAGGAAUCUGUCCGGAGAAUCAUCGAGGCCGAGGAGUCCAGAAUGGGGCUCAUCAUCGUCAACGCCUGGUACGGGAAGUUCGUGAACGACAGGAGCAGGAAGAGCGAGAAGGUGAAGGUGAUCGACGUGGCUGUGCCGCUGCAGUGCCUGGUCAAGGACUCGAAGCUGCUCCUCACCGAGGCCUCCAAGGCAGGGCUGCCCGGCUUCUACGACCCGUGUGUGGGGGAGGACAAGAGCCUGCGCGUGCUGUACCAGUUCCGGGGCGUGCUGCACCAGGUGACGGUGCCCGACGGCGAGGCCCUGCGGAUACCAAAGCAGUCUCACAGGAUUGACACCGACACGGACGGAUAAGCUGCUCAAGAACCUGGUUUCAGAGAGGCUUCGAGAAACCUUUUCCUGGGAGUCUACAAAAUUGGAAGCAGGAGAACCCCAGAGAUCAGAUGUUCUAUUUUAUUUUAUUCCUCUAGAAGGUGGUACCAUAUGAAUUCUGUGCAGGGACACGCAGGCGCCACGGCACAGGUGCUGCAGGGAGGACUGGACCUGCGUCACCCUGGGCCGGGCAUGGGCACUGGAUCGCGUCCCUGGAGGGCAGGGUCCCCAGCCUGCGCCCUGCACAUCGCCUGCCCCGAGCCGCUCAGGGGUGUUCUGGUCCUGCAAGUCCACACGGAGUGCAGGAUCGGCGAGGUCAGACUUCCGGACCCCAGGCCCAGGCGUCUGCCAGGUGGAUUCCCUCCAACCCCUUCCUCUGCCUGAGGACUGCGGUCUAUAAAACUGCUUUUUACCUGAGGACGCGGGUUGGAGACAUGUUUCUUCCUGCUCCAGAGCUUCCUGAAUUAUUCUUGGCCCGGGCUCGGACCAGAGUUGCCUGCUCAGGUCCCCUGCUGGCCCCAGCCAUCACCCUGCCCUCCCGGGCACAGCAUGGGCUGGGGUGACAGUGCCUCCCCAGGAAAGGGCAGGGCGUGCCCAACCCUGGUGUGGGCCCCAGGCCCGGGCAGGCACCACCAUGAACAGCCCUCCGCUUCCAGUUUUCAAAAGUGGCCCAGGCUGACGAGUUCUGCCCUAUUUAUCUCUGUUUUUUAAAUUAAAAAGAGAAAGUUUCUCUGCCAGCACAGCGACUGCCACAUAGCCCCGUGCUUCAUGACCUGAGGGGCGGCCGGGCUCAAGUGGCCCAUGCUGCCACCCGGCACCCGCAAUAAACGUCCUGAAAGCGA